CUUUCACGCACAACAGGAAUGCGAUAUUUUACCGUUGUUAACCGUUCUAAAAAGUAUGCCGUCUACACACGGUUGAAGAAAACAUGUCAAAACGUUAACGUGACUUUAGUCGGAAAAUUUCCCUCAACAUUAAGUAAAAAAAGGCUUAAUAAGACAAAUUUUUGUAAAAGAAGAAAAUCCAGAAUAGUUUAGCCUUUUUUUGUUUGUCAAUUCGAAAGAAGGGUAAAAGAUCGGUUAACGCUACUUUAAGAAGAUAACAUUUAUAUUUACUAGGAAAUGUUACGAUUAAAAAAAAAACAAGAUAAAUAACUCGUGAAAUGAAUCAUAAGGCCUUAGACUUGCCCUGUUUUUGUUGACCGCUUUAAAAAUAACGUGUAAACGAAAGACCAAAAGGGUUCUAGGGUUGAUUAUGGUAGGUUGACGGUAAUACACAAGACGAAGCAAUGUGCCCAAAAAAACAAUUAUUUUCUACAAAGAAUCUGUCAACAUAAUGGACGCAUCUGUGGGUAGAGUCAAAAUCAAUUAUUAAGCUCUCGCUAUAUAAAGUUUAAAUAAAAUUUAUUUCAAAUCAAAAGAAAACACUUCGUGUUCGACGCAACACAAAGAUGUAAACCAAAAAUAUUUGUUUUUCUAUUAAACCUCGCUUUCCUAAAUUACAAUCAUAGUGUGAAUUUAUGCAAUACAAGCUUUUGAUAAAAAUGAUGAAUUUGUACUUGAUGUUGUUAUAUUAGACUUGAGCUUUAUUUAUUGCAGAAACUCUUAGACUGUAAAAUAUAAAAGUCAGAAAAAAAUAAUGUUUCAGCAUUUUUGGCAUGGCAACACAAAAAAUAUUGGUUGUGGGAUCAGGAAAGGUAAACGGGAAGAAUGUUUUUUCGAGCGAUAAAAAAAAAAAAAUUUAUAACAAAAUGUUUUAUAAAUCAAAACAGAAAUGUUAAACAAGUGUUUUUGUAAAAAGCGAUUAAACGCUGCAUAAUUGUAAAUGAGCUAUCCUUAUUACAACAUGGACUUUUAUCAAUGUCGGCUCCAUUUUUUUUUGUAAAAGAGCUCGCGAGCUUUUAUUUAUUGCUAUAAAUCAGAUUCAGUCGGUAUGACGUGACGUUAGAGACGCAGACGGGAUAUGAACAUUUGAAGACUGUACGUAGUUUUUAAAGAGUUGACAAUAAAACUGUUUUUACGUAUUAAAAUCAUUUUCAAAAAAUAUUACUAGUGGUUUAUGUAAAGAUAGACUUGCUUACAAAAAGUGUGGUUGAUUCUUUCAUUUACUGAAAAGGAAUGAUGAGUAAAAAUUCAUUAGAAUGAAUGCUAGUAAUUUUCAUGCGGAGUCGAAAUACUUUUUUAUAAAUGCCUGCAUUUCAUGCAAACCUCAGAAAUUUUAGAAUGAGACCAGAAAGAAAGGUGCAACAGUUAAGGAGUUCAAGUUUUUUUUUUUGUGCGCUUGAAAAAAAAAGACACGCUAGGUUAGACAUUGUUGUUUUAAUUACAGACUGGUUUAAUGUUUUCUUAAAAAGAUUGAUGAUUGUAGGUUCAAAUUAUUUUUUAAAUGUUAAUAAGAAAAAAAAAAAAAAAAAUUCCUCAAUUUUUAUUUUUAGUGUAUAAAAAGACUUUUGAUUUUUUUUUCAAUGGCAAAAGUGCGGUUAAAAACAUAGGAUUUUGUUUAGUAAGACUUUAUACAAAAACGAAGUUUUUAUGUGAAACAUAUAAAGAACUUCGUUGGGCCGUUCAGGUUGGAGUUGGUGCAGGAUUUUCAUCUUUUUUUCUUAUUUUUUUAACUCCAUCUCAAUUAUUUUUUGGUACUACUGGAAUCGUUGGUCCAGUGUACUCUGUUUUUUCUAUAGAUGCCACAGCGGGUGGUUCCUUUAAACGAGCGUGGCUCAAUCUGACAUUUUAUACACUUGGAGCUUUCGCAGGAUAUAGUUUUUCUCUCUUAUCAAUUCUUUGUCAUAAGAUGAUUGGUAAAUCGGUUGUUCCUUUUAUAACAUUUGUGUCUGUUCUUUUGAUUGUAAUUCCGGGAGGUUUUAUACGUUUUAAUUUCCCAUCAACAAUUGUUGCAGUAAAUGUUGGUUUAUCGACAGCAGAAUUGAUACUAUUAGCAGGUUUUAAUGAGGUGAUGGAUUACAAUCUUCAAAAGGAGGCUUUGAAACGGGUGAUUUCUUGUUGUGUGGGUAGUUUAUGUUCCUUGCUGGCUUCCCAAUAUGUCUUGUGUUAUCGGGCCCGACCCAACGUUUUAAAAAGCUUAGAAAAAAUUCUUCUUGUCAUGAGUGAUAUUUUAAAACCUUUACAACCAAUGCAUUCCUACUCGUCUUCAGUUCCAGCUCACAUUUUGUGCGCUUCAAAAUUAGUUUCAUGUUCGAGGAAUACAAUCCCCAGUGCUCUACACAAGGAUACCAGCAGUGCUGAUAAGUUAAAUAACGUUUCUCGCAUUCAUUUCAAGUAUGAUGCGAAUGAAUUUAAAAAGUAUUGUGCGAAGAUGAUAGAAAAUGUGAAUACGUGUCAGGAAUUGUUAGCAUCACAAAAUUUGCUGAUAGAAUGCGCUAAACAAGAAUUGUCCUGUCAGAAACCAUACCGUUUUCCUGAAGUUAAAUAUAAAGCAUUGUUAAAUGAAAUCCGAACACUUUUCUUUCACAUAUCCUCUUUAGUGUUUCAUAUGAAUUUAUAUGUUACUGAUAAUUAUAAAACACGUCAAUCAUUGAAAUGUGGCGUAUGGGAGACACGGGAAGAAGAAACAAAUGAUUUAUGUUCAUUUGAAGAAAAAGAUAGGGUUAAAAGUGUGGAGGAUUGGAAAAUGGUGAAUGGGAAACACUUUACAAAGGAUUUCCGAAAUUUGAAAAGAAUGGAAGAAAAAUCAAAUGAGGAUCUAGAAGCGAAUGAAAGAAACAUGGAAUGUUCGAACGUUAUAGAAAUUCCGCAAAUGUAUGAGGCAUCAGAAAAAACUCAUUUAAUUGGUACGUUACAAAAAAUAGAAGAGGACGUUUUUGAUACCAUAACAUUUCAUAUAUCGGAAGCGCUAAGGCAUUUGGCGACAAGUUUACGAACAAAAGAUGGGUCAAGAGAGUUGGCUUUACGUGAAUUAAAAGUUACGGAAAAGGUUUUCAAUAAAAUUCAAACGUAUAGAAUAUCUCAACGAGAAAGCUUUUCUAAUAUUAUUAUGAACACGUUUGCAUGCGAUCAAUCCAAACGUUGGAGUACCACAACACUUGAAGCCAUUCAAACAAAAUGGUUUGAUGCUUUAGACGUCGAUUUACAAACUUAUGUUUCUUUUACGGAUAAGGAGAACACAUUAUUUUGGGACGCGUAUUGGUUAGCUCGAGAUCGCAUUUCAAUAUGUUAUGCGACUUUAAUGACCAUAAAAAAUAGUCUGUUCCGCUGUUCUCAAUGUCUUGAUGAUUAUGUUAAAGUAGCUGUGGAUGUCAAGUGAACUGUUCACUGCAAUUUAGAAGAAUUUGUGACAAGUUACCCUCCUUUUUUUUUUCAUUGUUUUUUUUUUUUUUUCUCACGACUUUCUUUUCAGUAGCAGAUAAAAAAGUCGUGUGUCAUGUUAUUUACACAUGUGUUUCAAAAAAACUUGACAUUUUUUGAAGAUAUCCAAACGACGUUUCAAUGUCUUAUAUUAUAAAAAAUAAUUGACUCACGUAAACAAGAGUAGUAAUUGUUUCUCUUGUUAAUAAUUUCCUUCUUUUUCUUGAGUCCAAGACUCAAUGACUGGAGGAACUUUUUGGUUCACGUACGUUAUUGUAUGCGACAUGUAGUGGAAGAAAAAAAUGGUAUUAAAAAGCAAAGUUGUGACGCUGAACAUUUAGAAAUACGUGUAGUGUUGUUUUUCAAAUGUCUCUUCAAGUCUUUUUAUAUAUAUCUGUUUAGUCGCGACUGCUAAAAUGCAGCAAUAUCACUAUUUUGUGAUACAUUUUUUUUUUUUCUUGUUUCUUUUCAUGCUUAUAAGGCAGCAAAAAUAAUAGGAUUUCUUUUAGCGGACUCACGUGAAAAAAUAAUUCAUUAAAAUUAAUAUUAAAAAAAAACCUACGUUUGUUUUAAAAAUUUCAAGAAAAUGUGCAACCAGUCAACAAGGAACUAUUUUACGUUUUUGUUACCUAGAAAUGCUGCACACUGACUGAUUUGAGGUGAACGUCGUGACAAAAAAAAAGGACGACUCUUUUUUAAAUAGAUUCUACUAACAAAUAACACUAUCUUGUAUUGUUCUAGUGAAAACACAAGCCGUUAAUCUUAAAAGAAUUGUACGAAGGGCUUUUGGAACAUUGACGAAGAAAAGAUAAUUAAAACAAAGAAGGGUAAUGUUGAAAACAUGGGUGAUAACACUGACGGGAGGUAACAAGCAUCCUUUGGCACUCUUACAAUAGUUGAAGAUUUGUCGUGAUGGUUCAAAAAAAGACUAUUUAAAAAAAAAAGAUGAGUUUUUUUUUAAAGAUAUUUUGGUGAUCUAGUAAAGUUAUAUCAUGUUGAAAAGUCACGCCGUUCCCCAUUUACGUCAUGAAGAAACGACGGUACAAAAAAGAAAGGAAUUGAAUGAAAGUGACGACAAAUGUUCAAGUACAAAACCGUAUUUGAUUGAUCGAUGCAAUGUGGAAAGAUUGGAAAAGAAUUUGAACAUAAAUGAAAAUCAAUCUCAAAAAAAAUACACUGAACUUUAUGAUUUUAUAAAGAAAGAAUGGAAUUCAUUGUGGAAGGCUUUUACAAAACAGGAUGAUUUUUCUGUAAAGCGGUCUUGCCAACAAAACAGUGACAUGAAAACUUUUGUUUCCUUGCUACAAUGGAACGAUGUCUGUCAGAGUUUGACAACCAGUGAUGCGUGCAAGAAAUCUUCGAGGUGUUGUGUGUCAGAAAAGGAACAUGGGAAAAUGUUUUGUCGUUCGUCGAAAGGCUCUAAUCAUUUGACCGAUAGGGGUCAUGAGGGGCCUAAAACAAAUGUAUCUUCGGUGAACGGAUUGCUGAUGGACUUCUCAGCUCCGUGUAUGACGCAUUGGGUGAAAACAAUACGCUUAGGUAUUGCUUCUUUACUAAGUUAUACAUUUCUUUUGAAAUCACUGCAGCUUUUAAGCGAAAAUGCACCACAUGCUCUUUUAUUAUUUCUUUUAAAUCAUUCUUCCACAAGCGAACGGUUGCGCGGUUUUGAAGGUGAAGGAUUUUUGCAAGGGUUUACUGAAGGAAUUUUUAAUUCGAGUGAAAAGCGGGAAAAUGAAGUACAUGAUAGUCAUAAAUUUUUACAAGAAAAAUUAUUACCUCGGCAAAAAGACCUUCUUGAAAUGAUUGCUCCUUCCUUCACCCCUGCAUUGUUACGUGAACAUAUUUGUUACGUGCAGCAAUUUCUUCAUAUUAGCAUUCCUUGGUCUUUUGAUAUUUUACUUUCACUUUUAUUGCAUCGACGCUUAGCUUCAUCUUUUGGAGCUAGUGCUACUUUUAAUAGUGAAAAUGGUUUUUUUGAUACCUGCUUCAAAACGUUCAAUUCGCUUCAACUUGUGUCUUUACUUUUAAUGGAAUUUUCGGAUGUGGAUUUGCAAGAAUUAAAUUGGUGCCAGUCUUCUUUAAAAAAAGAAAUUUUUUUUAUUUUAACCAAUGAAAUUAAAAGUUAUUGUGAUUGCAUUAAUGUUGUUGUUUCAUUUCAAACAAACUUUUAUGAAAAACUUUGUAUUGAAUGGAAAGCGGAAAUGUCCGACAAUUUGUCCCAAUCAAAAAACCUUAAUGUUUCUUCGUUACUGGAUAGACCAGAAAAUGUCGGGCAAACAAUACCAAGCCAUCCUUGGUUACGGUUGCAUGUGUUGAGCGUAUUGAAAUUGCAUCAUUCCUUCAAUUUUGCUGAGAUUCAAAAUCGUUUAUGGGUUUUUUUUAAACACUUAACAAUGAUCGAUAUGGAUGCAUUUCAUUUAGGCGGUCAAAUGUACUUUUCGAAUGAACAAGGCGUUGAUCAUGUUUAUUCUCAAGGCAAUCAAGAAAAUCCCAAUGAGGAUUUAUCUGAAGAAAUGAUCAGUUUAAAAUUGCGCGUUUCUUUACUUUUAAGCACAUAUUCCGUUGGUUGUGUUACUGCAAUAUAUAGAUUCACAUGCGAAAAA